CCCCGACGCGGUUCCGCGUGGAGAGAGGCCCGCCGCGCCGCCCGAGCCGCGCCGCGCCGAGCCAGUCCGCAGACAAGAAGGGGGAGGUCGGCCGUGGGCUCGCCGCGGGCCGCAGUCAUGAUGGUCCACUGCGCCGGCUGCGAGCGGCCCAUCCUGGACCGGUUCCUGCUCAACGUGCUCGACCGGGCCUGGCACGCCAAGUGCGUGCAGUGCUGCGAGUGCAGCUGCAAGCUGACCGACAAGUGCUUCUCGCGGGACGGAAAGCUCUUCUGCAAGCUGGACUUCUUCCGGCGCUUCGGUACCAAGUGCGCCGGCUGCCUGCAGGGCAUCUCGCCCAGCGACCUGGUGCGCAAGGCGCGCAGCAAGGUGUUCCACCUCAACUGCUUCACCUGCAUGGUGUGCCACAAGCAGCUGUCCACCGGCGAGGAGCUCUACGUCAUCGACGAGAACAAGUUCGUGUGCAAGGACGACUACCUGAGCUCGGCCGCCAUCAAGGAGGUCAGCCUCAACUCAGUGUCGUCGUGCACGGACCGGAGCCUGUCGCCGGACGCGCAGGACGGCGGCGGCCUGCACGACGAGCUGAAGGAGGCGGACAACUGCACGUCGUCGGACAAGGAGGGCAACAACAUCGAGAACGAGGAGCAGAACUCGGGCGCCAAGCGGCGCGGCCCGCGCACCACCAUCAAGGCCAAGCAGCUGGAGACCCUCAAGGCCGCUUUCGUGGCCACGCCCAAGCCCACGCGUCACAUCCGGGAGCAGCUGGCGCAGGAGACCGGCCUCAACAUGCGCGUCAUCCAGGUGUGGUUCCAGAACCGAAGAUCCAAGGAGCGGCGGAUGAAGCAGCUCAGCGCUUUGGGGGCCCGCAGACACGCCUUCUUUCGGGGCCCGAGGAGGAUGAGGACCCUGGGGGGCCGGCUGGAGGACCCGGACAUCUUGGGACCGGCCGCCUUCGGCUACUAUGGCGAGUACCAAGGCGACUACUACGGAGCGGGCGGCAACUACGACUUCUUCCCGCACGGUCCCCCGUCGUCGCAGGCCCAGUCGCCCGCCGACUCCCCCUACAUCCUGGGCUCGGGGCCCGGGGCCCUGGAGGGCUCGGGCCACCUCCCCUCGGACGACCAAAGGUUCACGGACAUGAUCUCCCACGCCGAGACGCCCAGUCCCGAGCCGGGCUCCCUGCAGCCGGCGGCGGCGGGGGAGGCGUACGGGGGCGGGCCCAGCCCUCCUUUCUCCCUGGCCAGUAACUCCAGCUACAGCGCCCCCAUGUCCCACCAAGGCCCCGAGAUGGGCGAGGCCGGGGCCUGGUGAAGCCCUGGACGGGCGGCCGAGACCGGCUUCCCGCCCACGCUGCGGGGGCGCGUCCUCCGCCGGCUUUCCCGGAAUGCCGGACUCCGGCCAUUGGCAACGAAGGCUUUGAACCGAUUGCGUCCUGUCAAAAGCAACCCGAAAGGGACUUUCCUUUCCGUCGAGUUCAUUUCUUGCAUCCGAAAGCCAAACUUGUCAGCCCUUUGUAGCCGCGUUCCCACCGCGUAGCCGCUAAUUUGGAGCCUCGGAGGCGUGCGUCACGACGGUAGGGCCGGCCGGGAUGCCUUCGCCGGCGCGGCCGCUGCCGCCGGCGCGCUUUGAGGCCGCGAGACCUCAACGUUGCUUUCGACGCACGUUGAGCGUGCUUUGUUUCAACGCAACGCGCACCCCGCCUAGGAUGAGGGCGGACCGACUGCCACUCUCUCCUCCCUGUCCCGCAUCCCAUACCUUAACCAGCGUUCCCCCCAGCCCCGGCCUUGAGAUCGCCACCUGUGCUUUCAAGCCUAAAUCUAGGACAGACGAGUAUCCCCGAACCUUUUCACAUCAUUCGUUUCAUCACGCAGCCACGACGCGCGCCGCUUUUCUCAGGAGGGUCGCCUAUCCCGGCCCAACUUGGGGCAGGAGGCGGGGCGCACCCUCAACCGGUUGCCAGGCGAUCGCGGGGCACACGCAGACGCUCCCAAUCACACCUCGGGAGCAUUUAGAGCAGGGGGAGGGAGCUCGGCUUCCCCGAGAGCCGCGCCCUGCCUGUUUUCGAGCUCUCCCUAAUCCAACGCAGCCGAUUGAAUUGAUCGCGAUCGUCUCGGGCUUCUCCGGAGCUCGCUGAUCCGCUGAUGGUUUGAAUCGGGUGCGUUGGUGUAGGGAAGGAUGGAACAGUGGCAGGAGACGGCUCUCGAGGAACCCGAGUUCCCUCGCCCCGAUUUGGAGCGAUGGAUCCACUUUGC